AUGGCGCGAAGCUUUAUGGACCUAAUCUGGGACUACGCGGUGUUCGGCGUGUUCAUCAUAUUCUCCACCCUGGUGCCGCUCUGGGGACGCUUUUUCGGCCGGAAGGAGAAGACGAAGGCGGACUACGUGUUCGGGCUGGGCACGAUUUCGAUGGGCGCGAUGAUGCUGUCGAUCGCGCGCGGUACACUCGGGGUCCGGUCGUUCCUCGGGUACCCGAGCGAGCUGUUCUACCGCGGAUCGGCCAUGUGGGAAACGCUGUACGGGAUGGUGGCGGCGUACCCGGUCGUCUGCUUCAUCUUCAUCCCGGUGUACUUCAACCUGGGCGUCACGUCCGUGUACCAGUACCUGGACCUGCGCUUCAACAGCCGGCUGGUGCGCUGCCUGGCGUCCGGGACGUACAUCGUGCGCUCGCUGCUGAACCUGGGCGUUACCGUCUACACACCGACGGUGGCCCUCAACACCGUGAUCGGCAUCCCGUACUGGGCUUCGCUGAUCGGCAUUUCCGCUAUCAGCAUCGUUUUCAACCUGCUCGGUGGGCUGAAGGCGGCCAUCACGGCGGAUGUGAUCCAGGGAGUCACCAUGAUCUUGAUUUCGCUCGGCAUCAUCAUCCAGUCGAUGGUCAGCGUCGGUGGGUUUGAGAAAAUCUUCACCAUCCCCGCCGAAAAUGGGCGGCUGAAUUUCUUGAACUUCACCGGCGAUUUCACCGUGCGCGUGGACACUACGUCGGCCUGGCUGGGGCAGCUGUUCAUGUCGCUGAGCAUCUUUGGCUGUCAGCAAAACUUUGUCCAGCGGUACCUGAGCAUGGGCACGUUCAAGGAGGUGCGCCGGACGCUGAUGAGCAACAUUCCCGUGGUGAUCGUGCUGUUCUGCCUGGCGUGGAUCGUCGGCAUGGGCGUGUACUCGGUGUACGCCGUGUGCGAUCCGAUGAAGGCCGGCUACAUCACCAAGAUGGACGAAAUCCUGCCGUUCUUCGUGGAGGACAAGUUUGCGUACCUGCCCGGGGUGCUCGGAAUCUUUAUGGCCUCACUGUUCAACGGGGCGCUCAGCUUGAACGUCAGCAACCUCAACUCGCUGGCCACCGUCACCUGGGAGGACUUCCUGUCCCAUCUGCCCCGGUUCAAGGGUAUCGGUGAUAAGCAGCAGCUGAAUGUGAUCAAGUUCGUCGGCUCGAUCUACGGUGUGAUCGUGAUGGGGGUCGGCUUCUCGGUGGGCCUACUUUCCGGUGUCAUCGAGAGCAGCAUGCUGAUGACGUCGGCCACCUCCGGUCCGUUGCUGGGCGUGUUCCUGCUCGCGAUGCUGGUCCCGAUCGCCAACUGGAAGGGUGCCGCCUGUGGAAUGAUCGUGUCCCACAUCAUUACCCUGUGGAUCACGUUCGGUAGUCUGACGGUGUCGAAGGAAGUGGUUCUGCUUCCCACGACCGCUGACGGUUGCACCAAUGAGACGUUUUCUUCGGGCAUCACCAAACCCACCAAAUCCUGGCUGCUGACAAACACUCCGCUCGAGGUGGAGUCCGAGUUCCCGUACUUCGACACCAGCGCGGCGAGUGGCGCAGCGAACGAGCUGGGCUUCCCGCAGAACGUUUAUUCCAUUUCCUACAUGUACUACAGUUUGAUCGGCACGUUCCUGACGGUCGUAAUCGGGACGGUGGUCAGUUUGCUCUCGAGACACGAGGACGAUGCGUACGAUCGGAAGCUGCUCCACCCGAUUGCGUACCACUGUAGCAAAGUAUUCCCGGGCAAGGAGCGCCGAUACGUCAGCAAUCCCGACAUCCACCCCAAGGAGGAGCGCAAAGCGUCCAGCAAAAAGAGCCAGGCCGAGCGCGAGCUAGAGCGCGACAAUCUGGGCUUCGAUACGGGUUCGGAGCAGCCGGGCGUGACGGUGGUGAGCAUCGAUCCGGUGCCGGUCUGCCCGAGCCUGCCAGGGCACGAAGUGUACCGGAAGCGCGACUGCGACUCGGCACACUAGCCGGCCAGCGCCAGCGUGCUCCUCAGCGCGUUAGCGUUAACAUGCAAUGCAAAAGACUGUGAUAAACUCAGAGAGCCUUCGCGCGAUGCCAGGCGAUGCAAAUUAUAGUAGUUAUCGGACCAUCGAAUCAGCAGUAUUCGCAGUAUAAUCGUCUAGCACCGGCACCGGGAGGAGGCUUCGCGAUGAGGCCUCCUCUGGCCGCACCGCAAUAGUAUUUGUAGAAUCAGUGUCGGGCGCUGCAGGUUGCGCCAGGUGCCGCCAGCCAGCCAGCACGCAAUCGUAGUGGCUAGUUAAUGUGGGCUUAACGUAUAGGUAUCGCCAGAAGAGCGUAAAAAAGUUAAAAUUAAUACACGGUGCGUCUGUCAGUAUGACAACACUUUCAAACAGGGCUUAGCAGGGUCUUACGGUCUUCUGGAGCAUAUAAUAUUUGUAUAAUGUAUUAAGGUUUUUAAUCAAUU